AUGGCUGACUGCAGGUCAAAUCACUGCAGAGAAAAGCAAAGAAAAGAAAAUUUUCAACGAAAAGAAUCGAAACACAAGUUGGUCGAUAAAGCAAUUCCAAACAUUGCAAACGCCAUUAGAACGGUUGUUGAUGUUAGUGAGAACGAGGAUUUCAAAGCUAACUGUUUCAACCUUUUAAAGGUAGGAAAUGAGAACGAAUUCAAAGACGUUAUGAUUGAACGAUUGUGGAAUAUUGCGACCUCCAGACUGGAUGUGAAACAACAUGACGGCAGAGGCCAGGAAAUUGAGGAAACCAAUCCCAGUGAAGAACUAAGUGGGUCCUGUUUUGAUGAUUUAUCUGGAAAGAUAUCAAUUUACGAAGAUUUCAAAAGCAAAGAGAACUGCUUUACAGGAAGUGAAAGAGGCAAAACAGGACCAAGCACUUGGGACAAGGACAACAAUUCUUCAUUUGAAAUGUUGGCGGAUGUGCAGUGGAAUUAAUGAGAAAAGGAAAGCCAGACAAGCCCAUAAAGGUACACUGUACUCAACGUACCUUUAUAUUUAAAGGACAAUGCACAGAAUUCAACGACACUUAAGAGCGAAAUAAGGGCUUUCUCUCUGACGAACGGCUUACACUUGAAACGUAAGCUUAGAAACCCUUUUACGGUGGCCAAUUUAUGUUAUAACUCGUUACUAAACCUAAAUUACCCUGUUAUACUCUUCCACGGAUGCAGCACCACAGCCUUUUUAGAAACUUACCCUUUUAUUCACUUGUGCACCAAGUUGGUUGUUAUGUGGCAAAACAUAAAAUUGAAACAGCACCACUGUGUUGACUUGUAGCUCAGGUUUGUCUCAAACUUCAUUCAUAAGAUAUUGGGUUGACAUAUAGUGCAAGCACUUGGUACAUAACACUUUUUUUCUUUUUUUUUUCAUUGAGAGAGGUAAAAUGGCAAAUGUCCUAAGUAGCAGGGCACAAUUUCACAAAGCAUUCACAACAAUUGUGAUUUCUGAGAGAUUAGAGCCAUUCACUAUCUCCUUUGUAGAUUGAACUCUAUGUAAAAAUGCACUAGAUCAGUUAAGUCAAGACCAUUUUACAUGUUCAGUCUGUGUAUUUAUUUUAAAAAAAUUGACUAACCCAUCCACUCUAAGUUACAAGAAAUCCACACUGGUUAGGACAGCAGGAGUAAUCAAAGAGGCAGUUCUUGUGCCAGUUACUCAAAGCUACAAGUUCUCAAAUUCUCCACUGUCCUAUCUAUCUUCACCUAUUGACUUGAUACUUUCGCAAAACUUUUCAUUCUUCAACAUUUUGCUUUUUUUC